AUGUUCAAGAUCAACCUUGUGUGGGCAUUAGCCCUGUGUUGUACCAUCGUUGGUAUGCAAUGUGCCGAUACGUCUUGUGUUAUCCAAGGAGGGAUUGCCUUCGAUAUGAUCAUGGCCAAAUUACAACUUCUAGAAGAUCGUUGCAUUCGGAAGGAAGACAAAUUAGUAGCUAGCGAUGAUUUGUACAGAUCUUGCAGUGAGGUUUCCUCUUCGGGUGUAUACACCAUUCAACCGGAAAAGCCCUUCAAGGAACCAUUAACCGUGUUAUGCGAUCAACAAUAUGAAACGGGUGGAUGGAUUGUGAUACAACAUCGGUUUGACGGAUCGACAUACUUUAAUCGCAUUUGGAACGAGUACAAGAAUGGGUUUGGCAAUCUGAACGGUGAGUUUUGGCUGGGUUUGGAUCGUAUUUAUCAACUGACAUCGUCGGUCCCACACGAGUUGGUAGUGCUAUUAGAAGAUUUCGACGGAGGAAAGGUGUAUGCCAAAUACGAUCUUUUCGAGAUUGGAGACGAGAGCGAAAAAUAUGUACUCAAGAAACUGGGUGUAUAUUCGGGAACGGCUGGUGAUUCAUUCAGUGGCGCCAAGGGAAUGAAGUUUUCAACGAUCGAUGCAGAUAAUGAUACAUGGGAAAACCAAUGUGCCGUCAAAUAUACUGGGGCCUGGUGGUACAGCAAUUGUCAUAUGAGUAAUCUCAAUGGAAAAUAUCUGCGAGGAAAAACGACAGAAUAUGCAACUAGCAUGGUGUGGAACACUUUUCGAGGGUAUUACUAUUCACUGAAAACUUCAAAAAUGAUGUUAAGACCAAAGAAGGUUUAG